AUGGACAAUAUGAAAUUGCUGACGGGCAUCAAGAACAUUUAUAAUGUGUGUGAGAACCCCACCCCUCCAUCUUCCUCUUCCAUCCAGUUAAGGGAGAGAGAAGCCAAUCUUCCCCCAUUGUUCAAGCCUCUGAGGAAAAUUAAAAAGGCUUUUAAAAGAGCUGUAACUCUGGAUCCUGAAACAGCACAUCCCAGCCUUCUAAUAUCUGAAGAUAAAAAGUCAGUGAGAUUUGUGAUGGAAAAGAAAAUAGCUCUUCCUACUCUGAGGAGAUUUAGCACUUUCCCACUGGUCCUCAGAUCUGAAGGCUUCGAUUCAGGCAGGCAUUACUGGGAAGUGAGAGUGAAUGACAAGCCUGAAUGGAUGGUGGGGGUUUGUGAAGAACCUCUAUUCAGAAAGGAUAACCCAAACUUAACAGGACAGAAUGGAUACUAG